GUCUCAACUACAAGGAUAAAUAGCACGUACCACACCAAGGAUUGAGCAUCAAUACCUACAAUUACACAUACAUUAUCAACUCCAAAGUGAGAGAGAGAGAGAGAGAUUAAUGGCCAUGGCAACUAAGUUAGUUUCUGCUUUUGCCAUCUUUUCCAUCCUCGUUCUGGUUAUCUCUGAGCCAUCAAACUCUUUCUUCCAUUGAUUCCGAUCUGGUUUUUGCUUCAUCCGAGCUCAUCUCUUCACUCAAUCAUGGUGGCUAUAGCUCGUGGUAUCAGAAAACCCACUCGAUCGAAGUCAGGAACAAGUUCCGCUACUCGCAAACCGUCGCGAUCAACUGGUGAUGUCGAAUCUCCUCCGAACUCUCCUCCAGUUACCAGAUCUAGAGCAACCGGAGCUUCGCAAGCCAUCGCAUCACCGCGAUUCUCAGAUCCGACGCCUUCUCCGUUCUCUAUGCACAGCGCAGAUCACCCAGCGAUGCCUGGGACAGAGGCGCAUGAUGAUGACGACUGCCUGAAAGAAUACGGUGGUAAUGUUGGUUUCCUCUUUUGUGCGCCUCGGAUAUUUCCGACCAUAUGUUAUAGAAGGUGCAUAUCGGACAAGGGUGCUAAAGGUGGGAGAUGUGUCUGGGGAGAUGACGAUGUUAAAUGUUUAUGCGACUUCUGCAGCGACAAACCUUCUGAUCAGUUUAUAAGACAAGUUUGAAUCUUGCAAAUGUCAUAUGGAUGGGUUGGGUAUUAAUCCAACUGAAGUAAUGUACCGAUGAAAAAAUAAAAAUAAAAUAAAGAAACCUAGGCCUUGCGUGGGUUGUUUUAUUGUUUUGAUU